CUGACUGAAUUACAACUGACAUUUGUAUUGUUAUAUGUCCAGACAUCAAUGCAAUGGAGACAAGUCAGUGCAAAGUUUUUUUAUAUUCUAAAAUGUCUCUUUCCCCACAGUAUGGCUAUGCCCCAAAAGGCUCCUCAGUGGUGCUCUACUGUGACAGGAAAUAUCGCCACUAUCAGUAUUUUGUUGCACCUGAUUGGCAGGGAGGAAUUUAUGCAUCUCCAUCCAUGGCUGGCUCUCGCCCUGGGGGCAUCAUUGCUGCCUGUUGGGCCACUAUGAUGCACAUGGGUGAGAAUGGAUACGUUGAGGCCACCAAGAAAAUCAUUGAGACGGCCCACAAAAUCAAAACAGGAAUCCGUAAAGUGGAGGGGGUUUUUGUGUUUGGAGAUCCAGAGGUGUCCGUGGUGGCACUAGGCUCCAAUGUCUUUGAUAUCUUCCGCUUAUCCAAUGCACUGACAUCAAAGGGCUGGAAUCUCAACACUCUGCAGUUCCCAUCUAGCAUACAUAUUUGUGUAACAAUGCUUCACACGCAGCCUGGUGUAGCUGAACAGUUCAUCAAUGAUGUGAAGAAAGAAGUAGCUAUUAUCAUGAAGAAUCCAAAUGAGAAAACGACUGGAAUGGGAGCCAUCUAUGGCAUGGCCCAGUCUAUUCCUGACCGGUCAAUGGUGACCGAAGUCUCACAAGGCUUUUUGGACUGCCUCUAUAGCACUGAGGUGCCCAAGAUGCAAAGCAAGACCCACAAAAAUCAUAAGAACCACAUGAAUGGCAACUCCAAAGUGCACUGAGAUUGACUGUCAGGGUCUCCACCCUUAGCUGGCUGAAGGGAUGUUCACCACAAUCAUCUAAUCGUUCAUUUACUUGUUUUGUCCAUUCAGUCACCUAUUUACAACUAACUAGUUUAAGUAUAAGCCAUAGUCACCUGAUAUUUUGGCAUUUGUGACAGAGGACCAUCCUUAUUCCUCUCUAUAGUACUUAAAACUAUAAAGGGAGCUGCACAAGUAUCUGUGUGAGUCUGUGAAGGUUCUAGGACAUCUUAGUCUUCAGCACCUCACACGUGGACAGCAACUCUUUUAAGGAGCACUUAAAAUGCGUCCCGGUCCACCCAAUUAAAUCUGCCAGAACAUACUAAUAGUUUGCAAAUAAAAAUAAACUGCAUUUUGUCACAUGCAAAAUAGCUCUCAUGAUAAUCAUCAUAUUCAUGUUAGAAAAUGUAGUUGAGAAAAUGGGUGACAUGUCGUCAAUGCUAAUCAUAAACCAUACCCAAAAAUAUUUCACUUAAUUCUAAUGAAAUUAUAAACAACAAAUAAAAAUAAAUGCUGCGCAAAAUUUGCAUCAGGUUUUCUCGUAGGCAAAUCAAAGACAAACAAAUCAACAGUAAACAUAAGUGCUGUUUUUAUUUUAUCAUUUGUUCAUCUCAUGUAACAUCUGAUUAUGAUUCAACUGACUUCUGUUAUUUAAUUGACUAUCUGAUGAUUUUAUUUAACUACUAUUUGAAGUGCAACAGUUAAAGAAACAAAGUGAGCCCAGUUUAAAAUCUGUGGUCAACUGCAUCUUAAUUAAAGAGUGUUUACAGGUCACUUUUCAUUGAGGCAAGGUAAACUUUGGAUAACUAAAUCUGUGUUUAAUUACAUUGGUUUUAAUAAAUACAAAUAUGUGUGUGUAUGUGACUUGGUGCAAUGGAGUUCUUGUUCAUUGUAUAUAUGGCAACAGUCACCCCUGAAACCACAACCCACAAAAUGCAUGUGUAAUGAAGGACCGAGAGCUUUAUAUCACUUGACAUUUCUCUUAAUUUAUGUACGUUAUUUUGCACUAUUUUCUUUGCAUGCCAUUUCUUUCUAAGCUGGCAUUGCUUCUAAGCACUUAAAACUGAAACGGAGAGCACUUCCAGCCAAGUGCAUUGAUCACGAGAAACAAAGGCUGCCUGUGUGAUUUUCCGAUAACUAUGGGUCUUUUCCGAUAACUAUGGGUCUUUUCCGAUAACUAUGGGUCUUAGCUCUUAAGAGAAUUCUCUACAUGUGAAGUUGCGAACGCUCUUUCCUUUUCUUGUGUGUUUCCCAAACCUGCACUAAACACAAAUGUGUGACACACUUUUAAGUGCUUCUUAAGAGUUGCUGUCCAUUGUGAAGUGCUGAAAUCUGACCGUAUAGUGUCGCUCAUUCAUAGAUUUGUGCAUAACUGUAUAAAUACAUGUAAUUUAGCUUGCUGAGAAAUGUUCAAAGUUAUUUUCUUAAAUAAUCAAACUAAUUAACUACAUAAUUAAAUACAUACAGUAGUUUUGUAAUUAUUUUUGUGCUGGAGGCUACGAUCUACUGUUUUUACACAAUCACUGCUUUGUUCAUCAAAUGUGUGUUUGCAAUAUUUCAUUUAUCAUCUGUGGGUUGACCAUGGGGUGCAAGCUUCUAGGGUCUGUGAAGACUGUAUAAAAAGUAUAAAGAGGUUAACGUGUUGGCCGGCCUAUUUCAUGUGCACAAGAGGGCGGUGGAAGCAUUAACAUAGGGUAAAUGUACAAACAUUAUCUGAUCAAGCAGAGAGCUGCACUUUGCGCCCAAACUGAUCAUCAGUGCAUAACAAUGUGUGUGUGACAACGCCCUUCAGUGUCAGAGAGGAAGAUGACGGUUUGUAAGAGAAGGAAUGUGGGAAGAUGCGCCAAGAUAGACAAUUUCCCCGUAGAUACAGUAUAACAUCAACAUCAUAACUUCUGAAUUUAUUACUAUAUCAUGCGGCCACUUUGUACCAACUUGUGCACAAAGGUAGGUCUAUUGUUUAUUGAUUUAGGCCUAAUUAAUUUUUCAUUCAUUAGCGAAUUUUGUUAAGCGAAAUAGAACGGGCUGAAUUUUACCUGUUGAAAAAUCUAGAUGAUAUUUUCAAAUGAACUGAAUAUUUUGGAAAUGAACUUUGGAAGGUGAAUAUUUAUUGUUUAAUUUUUAAUAAUGAAAUUAGUUGUGAAAUGGUUCCAAAUGAAAUAUUCAAUGCUUAAAAAUACAACCAUGCUAAAUUUCAGCCUCCCAAAAUGCAAGAAAUGUAAAUUCAAUGCAUUUAAAUGCAAGCACUGAUAAUACAAUGCAUUUAUUUUCUUCGAUUAGAGCAAUUCAACAUGCUUUUAUCCAACAAAGACUUUAGUCAUGAAUUUACUUCCAUACUUAACUAUUUGCUAUGUGUAGUCUGAAUCCUACAAUGGAUUAUACUGAAUAUUGUUUCUCUAUUCAAAUGCCAGUGAAAUAUUUCACACAUCUGACUGUCAUAUUCAAUUCACACAGAUCCAAAUACUGUAUUUUUCUAAAAGACUAAUGUUUGAGUUUGUCAAAUUAAGGCCCUUCACGAUUUGUCAAUGUUUCCCAAUACACUGAGGUCUAAGAUUCAGAUUAAAUAAAUAAGAAGGGGGACUUUGAAUCAUGGCUCAUCUAUAUACUAAAUAUUGAUUCUCUGUAAAUGAUGGUAUGAAGAAGACAUAAAAGAGGAUACAGGACAGGUGUGAACAGGAAAGGUAGAAGCCCAGUUGUGUGACAAAAAGAUCUGCUUUAGAAGAUGGAGAAACAGCUGUUUCAGAGAAACACAUCUGUCAUCAGAUUCCCCAACAUCCCGGUGGAACAAACAUACACACACACCCUCACAAACACUACACACACGUGCAUGAGGAUUGGAAAAGACUCCCGUAAGAGUGUCCGAGAUAUCACCCUGUCAGCAGUACACACACACACAUCUCAAUUUAAGUACUGUAGGUUCAGCUAAAAAGACACAAAAUGACACAAAAAAAGAAGCAAUAGUUCUUCAUUAAUUCGCCAUCAAAUUUGGUCUCCCUGGACACAUCAGUUUCAUCCCAUUAUCUGUUUUGCAUCAUCCUUUUCUUUCUCUUUUAAUCUUUCUUUUAACCCUUUAUUUAAAGAGAGUGUUUCUUACUUUGCUGCUUGCUCUU